AUGGCGGAAAAAUUGAAAGAUUAUCAAGUCAUAGAUGUAUUAUGUGGCGGCACGUUCUAUAAAGUGAGACACAAGGUCACCAACAAUAUUUUUGCAUGGAAAGCGUAUAAUUGUGCCGCGUUCUCUGCAAAUCAAAUUCAAAACGUAGUCAACGAAGUGAAAACAAUAAGCAAAAUAACAACCGAAAAUCUAUUAAAAUACUACGAUACCAUAUUGCACGCACCUUCAAAGACAUUGUACUUUGUCCUUGAAUACAACUCGUGGCGUAGUGUACAAGAACUGGUCGAGGUGAGCAAGGUAACCGAUAAGUUCUUCGCGGAAGGUUUCAUUUGGCACCUGCUUUUGGACCUAGCGCGGGUCUGUAAACUUGUAGACGAUCUGCAUUUACUCGUUUUACAGAAAUGUUUGAGUGUGGAGUCGAUUUUUGUGAACGAAGGUGGCGAGCUUCGUUUCAACUGCUUCGAGUUGGCGACGACGAGCAGGCCCAACUUGAUGCGCCAGGUGGGAGAUGUGCUACACACGCUCUGCUACCGCACCGGAGAGUUUGAUCGCAAGAUAAAGGACUUCCACUACAGCGACGACCUUAGCGACGUUGUUACAUUUCUGACAGAUGACAAGAACGUCAACUUGCGCCCCGACGUGGUGCUUUACCAUCCUACUAUCCUCGCAAACAUCGAAACUCAGUGUAGACCCACAACAUUAGCUGACAUCCUAGUCUCUGCUGAAUAUACACACUUAGUCUCAGAAGCAAAUAAAUGUGAUUCUCAGAAGGCUGUAGAGAUGUGCAGGGCUGUUGAGCCAGCUCCCAGAAAGUGUUAUAAUCUAGUGGACAGCCCAAUAUACUGCAAUUUAAGCCCUAAAGUAAAGUUGAAUAACCAUACUGAAGAUUCUCACGCUGGCCGAGGCUCCCUCUCCCCUACUUUGGCUGCUCUGGCUUUAGAGUUGCCUGGCUUUGUGCCAAGAAGCAGAAAACCCUACAGUGCUGCUCUUGAUAACAUUAAUUGUCCUCAACAAAUAUCUGAAGAAACUCUGAGUCAACAAUGGAUGACUCGCUUAAUUGCUUUAAGACAAAGGGAGGUAUCACUUAAUAAAAGAGAGAGAGAUCUCAUUGCAAAGGAAAUUGUAAACAGUCCUGCUGCCAAGAUUAUACCAUUGAAGGACUCUUGUGAGGACCUUUGCCCUGGUCAGAGUAAUGGUAUCACUUUGCCAGCAGUUAUAGGUCAAGCUGCAUGUGAGAAGGGUGAUUGGGUAUCGCGACGUCACCACAGACGUGCGACCUCCUUGCGUGCGCGUCCUCGGCGCAAAAGCUACGCUUAUGAAGACCUUGAUAGCUCCCUGUCAGCUGAUGCUGGGGAUGGUAGUAUCAUUGUUACAUCUACAAAAUUCACUAAAGAAAACAUGCCACGCCGCACUAUCUUCCCAGACGUUUCCACAAAGAAAGUACAUUUCACAUCUUCAAACCCCUUUGCUGAAAGUGAUGAGAGUGUCACAUUAACAUUUUAUGAAUUAGAAAAUGUUGACCCAGAGGGUUAUCAAGUGCCUCGCAGGGAGGAGAAAAUCAUUAAAGACUUGUCUAAGUUCAAGUAUUUAGAUGUGGAGAAGGUGACAACUGAGAAGAGAGUUGCAAAAACCUGGAAUCAUUCCUCGCCAUCGAAGCAAGCAAAGUUCAGUAAAAGCAUAUUUUCUGAUAUAACUAACACAGGUGAAGGGAUCAUGAGAAAGACUCCCUCAAAGACAAGUUUGACUUCAAAAUGUUCUUCUAGUUCAAGAUUUUCAAUGAGUUCAGUGAGAAGUCAGUGGAGUGUAGAUUCCAGCGCCAGUAAGGUAUGUGAGAGUGUUAUCUCAGACAAAGGGUACUCCAGUAUAGCAGAAACCAUAAUCCAAACCCCUGUAGCUCUUCCUGACAUGAAGAAAUCUAAGAGAAAAUCUUUACUACCGUUUAAAACACCCUUUAAGUUUAACAAGACUUCUACUAAAGUUUAG